AUGGCUGCAAAAUUGAGUAUGAAGCUUCUUGUUGACAGAGAAAAUAAGAAAGUAUUGUUUGCUGAAGCAGAAAAAGAUGUGUUGGGUGCUAUUAUUCGAUUUCAACAACAAGAUGUAAUAGAUUUGCUCUUCAACCUUCUUUCUCUACCACUUGCAACAGUCAUAAAUCUCCUCUCCAACUCCAAGAAUGGCAUGGUCGGAGCUUUGAAUAACCUUUACAAGAGUGUUGAGAAUCUGGAUAAGGCGUACAUUCAACCGAAUCAGAAUAAGGACACACCUCUAAAGCCCAUUCCUCCCCUCUCUGAGGCACAUUUGUUGCUGCCAGACACUGUUCCAACUCCAUGCAAUGCCAGUGUUAUAUUCUAUAAAUGUCCCAAGUUGUGUAAUGAUGGUUAUUUUGUUAAAGAUCCGAACCUCGAUUGUCGGAACUGCAAUACCAAAAUGAGCUUACUUGAUGUUCCUGAUGAGAAUAAGGCGGCAGUUGGUGCAGUAGAGACUGUGGAAGGUGGUGGUGGUGGGUUUGUGAAGGAUACGAUGACAUACAUGAUUUUGGAUGAUUUGGUGAUCAAACCUAUGUCCACCAUUUCUUGCAUUUGUUUGAUAAACCAGUUCAAUGUCAAAGAUAUUGGAAAUCUUAAAAAAAAGGGGUUGAUUUCGGUAUGGAUGAGGUAA